AUGUUUGAAAGGCAUAAACUCUUAAAGAAUUGGGAUUCUUUCUCAUUAAUUAACCAUACAUCACUCUCGCAGCCCCCUGUUGAGUGUCCUGAAAGUACAGCGGACUCAAUAAAUUUUACAAAGUUAGAUCUAACCAAGCUAUAUGAAGAUGAUGUCGCUGAAAUAUUUAAAAAAAAAGGCUUUUUGAAAACGGGAAAGAAAAGACAAUUUAGAUCACACUUAGGUUGUGAAGUGUGUAAGAAGAAGCGAAUAAAAUGUGAUGAAAAAAAGCCGAAGUGCUCUAGAUGCAAGAUGAACAGACUGAAAUGUCGCUACAAUUUCGUACUUCGCUUCAAAGAAGACUAUGAGAAAAAAGGGAAAAAGUUUGGCAGAGAAGGGGUUUGGUUUAAGAAUACCCCCAAAAAAGAUAAUGGUCUUUUGGUUCCUCAAAAUAGAACGAGUUACUUUUUGAAUGUUAAAAAUAAGGACCUUAAAUUUAUAAACUUUAAGGAAGAAGAUAUCAAUCAAUCUUUGCAUAUUGGGCGUACCUUAAGUGCCUCGAUAAUACCUGUUGAUGUUUUAGAUUCCACAUCAGAUUCAAGUGUUUUAAAUUUCGCAGUAGCAUACUACGUCGACUUCAUAUCUCCUAUUUUCAAUCCUUUAGGAGACAGUAUACCAGAGAGGAUUGUUAUGUCAAAAUUUCUGACUCAAAGAGAAGUAGUUAUCGAAAAAGGUCUAAGCUUAUCUACUUUAAUAAAGUAUUCACAAAGCAACAGCCAUAUAUUUUAUUUAGUAUCUGCCAUGGGGUGCAUCUACCUUUCUAAAUUGAAUAACUCUUCAGUGUGGUUAAGUCGGUCUCAAACAUUCAAGCAUUUGGGAAUGUUCAAAAUUGGUGAAGCAAUUCGAUUUUUGCAGAAGGAUUCUAAAUCGGCCCCAAGCAGUCCUCUUUCGACUGAUAUUUUGUUAUCUUUUGUAUUUCUAAUGUUAUACGAAGUUGCAAAUAACUGUGACGAAAAAUGGCUGUGUUAUUUAAAGCUAUGUAAGCUAUUACUUUCUUCGGGUAAGUUCGUGUGGCCAAAAAAUACUCUAGAGCAUUCCCUAUUAAGAUUUUCUUUGGAACUCCUAAGCUAUCAAGAAAGUAUGGGUAGAACAGCUUGCAAAGGUUCGAACAGUUUUUUCCUUGCAUUGGAUUACGAAAAAGGGAAAUCAAUGUUACCAAGAAACAUUAGGGAUGGUCCAUGUGUUCGUUGGAUGGGAUGUGAUCUACAACUUGUGAAUAUAGUUUCUGAUGUAACAGAUUUAUCAUUUGAAAGAUGUAAUGGUAGUAUAACAGAAGAACACUAUGAGCUGCUUUGCAUUGGCUUAAGAAAUAGAUUAAAUUCUAUGGAUAAUUACAUAUAUUUUGAUAUUUGUAAUUCCGAAGAGCCAUAUUUUUCUGACAGUUUAAAACUUGCUUCUGAGUCUCAAUUUAGUGAUUCAUUUUUAGAAGGUUCAAUCAGCAAGGAGGCUAUUUGCUUUUUAUUAUCAAAUGAAGUAAAAAGCAAGGCAACUAUCCUUUAUCUAGAGGCUUCUCUACUUUGCUGCUCCCCAGAGGAUACGCAUUUACAACUUCUAGUUUCCAAUAUUUAUAGGAUUCUUCAUUUUAUCAUUCUUCAAAAUGACGUUAAAUGGUCUUCUACCUUAUUAUGGCCAUUGUUUGUGGCAAGUGCUGAGAUAUCGAUUUUUAGUCCAGACUGCGAGGAGCAACGAUAUUUAACGCUAAGUAUGCUAGAUAGGAUGGAGCCCAAGGGUUUGGGAAAUAUCAAUACGGCGAGAGACGUCAUAUUGGGAAUAUGGAAAAAAAGGGAUAUUGAAAACUGUUAUGAAGGGAGCUUUAGAUCCUCAAAAAAAAUGCUUUCUAUGGGUGGUCGCCAUAAAGCUUUAUUGGGGUUUCAGAAUGACUGGGAGAAAUACGUUGCUAACGAAAGUUACAACAUAUCAUUAGCAUAA